AUGUUAUUUGAAAGAUUAAAUCAUAUAUUGAAACAAAUAUCGUCAUCAAAUUCUUAUUUCUCUAUUCAAUGUUUAAUUGAAGAAUAUUUUUUUGAUAAAAGUAUUCGUUUAACAUCAAUUGAACAAGAAAAAUUAGUUCGUUUAUGUUUAAGAAAAUUAUCUGAAUGGUUUAGUCAAACACCUGAACAAAUAAAAGAAAUAAAAAUUAAUUUUCAUAAAUAUAUUCUUCAAACACCAUUUUCAUUAAAACAAAAACAAUUAAUUGAUUUAAUAUUAAAUGAAUUAAAAAAUUCAUCCAAUGAUUAUUUCAGUUUUUUAUUAGUUGAUUUAUAUGAAAAAAAUUAUCAAAUAUUAUUAAACGAACUUGAAAAUGAAUCCGAUAUUGGAUUUAUUAUUCAUUUACCAGAUCGAAUUAAUAAUAUUUGUAUGACAAAUACUCCAAUAUGUUUUCAAGCUAAAAAUUAUUUUAAUCAUUUAAGUCAAUAUAUUCAAGAACAAUUAAUUACAUGUCAUUAUCCAAAUAUGGUUGCACAAAUUGAUACAAGUGUUAAUUUUCUUUCUCAACUUGUUCAUCGAGCAGCAAAAUUAGGUAGAAUUUAUUAUAAUUUUUAA